GCGAAGCUCAGUUUCCGCGGGACCAGCAACCCGUCAAACACACCAAAGGCGGGCUAACUCCUUAUUUACCAACAAUAUAUUCCUUUGAUAUUGGUACUCAUUGUUCAUUGUACUCUAAUCGAAUAACAAACAAGUUUAGUGAGUUUUAACUAGCUGGCUCUACUUUUAGACACAACCAACUAAAAAUGAUUACAGCGUUACCAGUGCCUUCAGUGAAGGUCUUCCACAAAACAUACUACCACGAAAAAGCUCGAACCGGAGCGAGUCAACCUGGAAGCCCUCUCACAGAUAGCGAAGCAGUCGUCGCCUUAACGGAAAAAGAACAACCCGAGUAUUUUUUCUGUGGCAAGAUAAACGCUCUACAUGUCGUCGUAGGUUCUAUUCUCUUGGGAGUUGUUGUUCUCAUUGUCGGGCUGGUGCAGCUGGCACCAGGAGCUGAAGCUGCGCAAUAUUCAACGGCACUCAUCGGAGUCGGAUGCACCCUCUUGGCCCUCGGCGCCCUUCUGGCACAGUUGAGAGCUCUCUGGCUCAGAAGAAAGAGGGCUGCCCAGAAAGAUUCCACUCAUCAACGGAGUGUUACCAGUAUAGACAUGCUCUUAGCCCAACAUAGGGACUUUACGGUUCUCACGCCAGAUGAGCUUGAAGACCUUGUCGGUAAGCCAACCCCCGUUCUCGAGAACAAGGUCCGAAAACACGGGAAUAAUACCUAGGCUCAGCCGGCCUCGAAGAGGAUGUCCUCAUCAUCCUGUCCUACAACAUCCUCGUCGUUUUCUUCAGCGACUUCCCACGCAACAAAUGCCUCCGUUCUCCACACUCAUCCUGUCGACCCUCGCGAGCAAAGUUUCGUUUGAUUCAAUCUCAUUUUUUAGUUUUUUAACAAUCAAUUAUUUGUUCAAUUAAUCAAUCCUAAUAUUAUUGUUAUUUGUCAUCCCGAUUCCUCUUUCGAUAAACUUAAUGUAAUUUUUGGCUGUAAAUUAAUGAUAAUUAACUAUAAUAACAAUAUUAGAAUUUACAAAUGGUAAAUGAUAAAUACAAUACAAUAAAAAAAAAAUCAAGUGGCAUUAUUAGACUGCCAUGAUUUUUUAAAAGUUCGGAAGUAUGGCAUAAUUAUAAUCUUUAAUAUUUUCAACAAAAUAAAACAA